AAACAACCCUCUUCACGGGCGCCGCUCUGUCGCUGCAGCUUUUUUGUUUUACGCAUCACCUCCUGACCUCCACCAACUACUUCUCGGCAUCCCCCAUCCUUCUGUGUCUCCAUCUCUUCAUUUCUACGGCGAGAAACAAAGCCUCAUUAUUCGGCCAGCGGCGAUGCUUCUGCUGGCGGUUCUAUUCUCAGCCCAAAUGGUGGCCGCCGCCGGCGAAUCGAUAAAGGCUGCGGCGGCUGUGGUGCCGCAAGGCAGCACUUCGCAGGUGGAGGAUGCGGAGCUAUUCCGGCUAUACUAUGGGCAGAGCUUUAAGGUCAUCAAGAACUCUGUUGAUGGACAGAGCUAUCUCCUCAUUCAGAAUAAUUCGAGGAUGGCGUCGAGGACAAAGUACUGCACUGGACGAAUCAAGUCCUUUGUUGUUCCGCUCUUCAAUUACUCUGUCGAUACCACUUUCUUUCCGGUGUCAUUCUUUGAGCUACUGGGCUUGCUGGAUGGCUUAAAAGGAAUAACAUCAGAGUCAGUCACUUCACAAUGUGUUUUGAAGUCAUAUUCCAAUGGAGACAUACAUCUUAUAAACAAAACAGACAUGCAACAAUUAGCUCAAUUUACAGCAUAUUUCGUAAGUAAUAUUGGUAAGCAGCAAUCAUGCAACUUUGCAGCAUUUGUACCACUGGAAGAAAGAACUCCUUUGCAGAAGGCGGAAUGGAUAAAGUACUUGGCUGCUUUCUCAAAUUCAGAGGCGCGAGCUAACUUAGUAUAUGAUGCAAUUAAAGGGAACUACAAUUGCUUAAGCAAAGCAGCAGCAAAUCUCACUACUCGUUUCAAACCUGUUGUUGCUUGGGUGGAUUAUAACCAGGGCAUGUGGACCUUUUCCAGAGAAGAUUACAAAUUGAAGUAUGUCUCUGAUGCAGGAGGUGAAAAUGUGGAUGAAACAAUCAGUAACCAUAGCUACAAUGUUUCAAAUCCUGAUGACAUGGAUGACUUUUAUGCUCUCCUCUGUAUAGUUGAUGUGGUGAUUGAUCAAACUUUUGCACCAGAGCCUGCAGAGUACACUCUUUUGACAUUCCUAGAUAAUUUCUAUGUGAGCGAUGAUGCAAACUUUGACUUCUUGAUAAAUCAGAGUCUGUGGAGAUAUGACAAAAGAGUUCAAAACUCUUCUAUCCUAGACUGGUAUGAUGGAGCAAUCUCUCAGCCCCAGUUGGUAUUAGCAGAUCUUAUUGAAAUGUUCUUUCCCACGGGAAAUUACCCUCUGACUUUCUUCAGAAACAUUGCUAAGCAUGAAGGGGUGAUAACAAUAGGACCUGAAAGCUGCAACAGAAGCACCUCUGUGCCAUUGGAUCCUGUCAUAGUUGAAUGCUGAUGAAGACACUAUUGUAGCUUAAUGGACACUUUUUAUCUUUUAUUUAUUUUUUAAUCCAUAUCAAUGUUAUUCGGAAUCCUUCAUCAUUUCUAUUUGAUUGUAUAACUCAACUCUAUUGAAAUGAAUAAAGGGAUAUAU